AUGGCGGAUGAGACAGGCUGCAGACCUGACUGUGAAGCUGGGCAGUCUCAGGGGCCCAUCUGGCAGUUCUCCAAGCAGCUUAAUAAGGCCGAGGAACAGUCACCAGGAAAUGAGGGCAGAGGGGAAAUGAGCACAGAGGAUACACAGGACUUGAAAGACUUGUGCCAUCCAGCCCUGGACACCUCACACAGUCUUCCUUCAGGGAGUGAGGAGUGCCAGAAACAGGGUCUAGAACCCAGGCUGCCACUGUGGCCUGCACUGCUGCUUAUCAACACCCUGGGCCUCACCUUCCUCAAUCAUACGGUGCGACCCAAUACCUGCCUCCUGGUAAAACUGCCAUCAGGCUUUGCUAACCCAUUGACAGUCAUUAAACAGGCCUGCUUUGUGACACCAAGGACAAGAACUACUGUGCUGCCUCACAGGCUGCGGGUGUUGAAGCAUGACCGAGACCAUCUCAAGAGGGAGGAGAGGCUGGGCAGGACGAAGCCCAAGGAUAAGGAGUGGCUCUUAAGAAACGAGAAGCCACUGAAGAGGAUCAAGGACAUGGGCAGGGACGGCGGCAGGGCCUUCCACGAGGAAAAGGACUGGGCUGGCAGGGCUGAGCAGGAGAGGCUGGGCAAGGAGAAGUCCCCCAAGGAAGAGAGGCUGCGGCCAUACAAGGAGGAGAGGAAGAAGAAGGCCCAGGACCGGCCCCCCAAGCUGGAGAAGAAGGGCGAGGCCAAAGAGAAGGCCCUGAAGGAGGACAAGGAGAGUCUCCGGAGGGAGGUCUACAGGGAGGACGCAGCCUUCGACAACUGCUGCCACCGGGGCCACUUCCUGGAGAGCGAGGACACCAAACUCAGCCUGUCCGACGACCAGCAGGACAGGUGGUUUUCAGACCUCUUUGAUUCCUCCUUUGACUUCAAAGGGGAGGACAGCUGGGACUCUCCAGUGACAGAUUACAGGGACAUCAAGAGUGACUCUGUGGCCAAACUUAUCUUGGAAACGGUGAAAGAGGAUAGUAAGGAGAAGAAGCGGGACAACAAGGCCUGGAAAAAACGAGAUCUCAGAGACUCUUUCUUCUGAAAGAAGGACCGGGACUACUUGGACAAGAGCUCGGAGAAGAGGAGGGACCAGGUGGAGAAGCACCGGGGCCUUACCAGCUACCUCCCCAACAUGGACAAGAAGAGGAGAGAGUCCUCAGAAGGCACACGGGACCCACAGGACCGGAGAGUCACCCUGGAGGGCUCCAGGGAGCGGAAGGAUGUCCGCCUGAGGCCAGAGGAGCUGCACAGGGAGGAGCUGAAGGAGUGUGGCUGUGAGGGCGCCUUCAAGGACAAGCCCGACUGCGACCUCGCCAAGAGCCUGGAGUCCUGGGAGUGGCACCACGCAGCUCGGGAGAAGGAGAAGAAGGAGAAGGCUCGCUCCGAGAGGCACAAGGACAAGUCCAGCGACAGGGACCGAGGCGAGAAGUGUCCGAAGGACAGAGACUUUGACAGAUGCCUCAAGGAGAGAAAGGAUAUCAAGGAGAAGUGCAAGUACAAGGACACACACGGCAGAGACCGAGACAGGAGGGCCGGCCUCGACCAGGCCCGGGAGAGGAAGGACAAGGCCUUCCCUGCAGCCGCCUCCGAGGACUCCUCUGAAAAGAGAGAGGAAAAGAAGGGGAAAGAGAAGAGCUGGUACGUCGCAGACAUCUUCACGGACAAAAGCAAGGAGGAGAAAAAGGAGUACCUGGCCAGCGGGCUGCGGUCAGGGGAGGCCUGCGAGGACCCCAGGGCGGAUGCCCUCCAGGAGAGGGAGGACGGGAGGGAACUGCUCGUUGCAGACAGGCACAGGAAGUGCCCCUCCGACAGGCCCCAAGAGAAGACCUGGGACAAGGAGCCCAAAGAGAAGAGGAAGGACAGGGGUGCCCCUGAAGCAGGCAGAGACAAGAAGGAGAAGGCCUUGGAGAAGCACAGAGAGAAUAGGGACAAGGACCGCAAGGACCGGGUCCUGGCCGGCGCCACCCAGGAGAGGUGAAGCAGGCAGAGGCCACUCGAGAAGGUGGAGAGGAAGCAUCCCCGGGAGGACAGGGCCAAGGGCAAGCACAAGGAGAAGCUGGACCAGGAGCAGAGGGCCUCGCGGGGCUCAGAGGCAGAGCACAGCCUGCUGGAGCGGCUGGAGGAGGAGGCACUGCAUGAGGGCAGGGAGGAGGCGCACGACAAGGCCAGCGAGGGCUCCUCCGACAGCUUUGCAGACUGCGGCCCCGAGCCCAGCCUGAGCGCCCUCCUAGAGGUGUCCUUCUCAGAGCCGCUGGAGGACAAGGCCCGGCACCGGCACUCCUCCUCCUUCUCCAAGAUGAGCCAUGAACUCGAGUGGGCCAAGAAGGAGAAAGCCGGGAGGAAGGAGAAGGCCGAGGACUUCAAGGAUGGGGGCAGGAGGGAGCCCGGCCAGUACGAGAAGGACUUCCUGGACGCCGAGGCCAAUGGCAUUGCUUACGCUGUAAAGGUGGACGGCGAGGAGGAGCUGGACAAGGCUACCGACGGGUUUUGAGAAGAGAGAGAGAGAAGCGAGCCCGAGAGGGAGCCUCCCAAGAAAGUGGAGAAGGAGCUGAAGCCUUUCGGCCCUGAGGAGGCGUUCAGUGUGGGGGACAAGCUGUUCAGACAGCAGAGUGUUCCUGCCGCCUCCAGCUUCAACUCUCCCGGCCAGCACUUGAUGGAGGACAAGGCUGCCCUGCCACCUGUUCCAGCAGAGAAGUUUGCCUGCCUGUCCCCUGGCUACUACUCCCCUGACUAUGGCCUCCCCUCACCCAAUGCUGCCAUGGUCAACAGCGCACCUUCCCCAGAGGCCAUGUUCCCUGGCCUUCCAGCCAAGCCCUCCCCUGCCACUAGGGGCGACCUCUUGGCCCCAGCCAUCAAGGGGGCCCUGCCCCCGGACCUGGGCCUUCCUCUGGAUGCCACAGAGGACCAGCAGGCCACAGCAGCCAUCAUCCCUCUGGAGCCCAGCUACCUGGAGCCCUUGGACGAGGGCCCCUUCAGCGCUGUCAUCACCAAGGAGCUGGUGGAGUGGGCCCAUCCUGCCGCGGAGCAGGCCCUUUCCUCCACCUUGGUGGCCAGUGCCUCUGAAAACCCCGUCAGCUGGCCCGUGGGCUCCGACCUUCUGCUGAAGUCUCCACAGAGGUUCCCAGAGUCCCCCAAACACUUCUGUCCUGCAGAGACCCUGCAUAUCACUGUUCCAGGACCCUUCAGCACCUCAGAGGCCCUGUACCCCGUAUCCCCCAGCUCCUACCCCUUGCCAGCCACCGAACCGGGCCUGGAGGAGGUCAAAGAUGAUGGGGCGGGAGCCAUCUCUGUGGCCGUCUCCACCACAGAAGGGGACACUGCGUAUGCCACCCCUGCCAGACUGGAGUCUUUCUUCAGUGGCUGCAAGUCACUUCCUGAGGCACCCCUUGACGUGGCCCCUGAGCCCAUGUGUGUCACCAUGGUGACCCAAGUGGAGGCUCUGGGGACCCUGGAAAGCAGCUUCCUGGAUGGUGGCCACAGCCUGUCUGCCCUCAGCCAGGGGGAGCCAGUGCCCUGGCAUGACGCCUUCACCAGCCCCGAGGAUGACCUGGACCUGCGGCCCUUCUUGCUGCCCGAUCUCCCCCUCCAGCCCAAAGACUCCUCAGAUGUCCAGAUUGAGCCCGUGGAAGGGAGUCCUGUCCCACCAGAGGAGAGCGCCCCUGGGGCUGAGGGGCAGCCCAUACUGCCUCCUGACCAGGCCUCUCCCCCACUUCCCGCAGAGUCUGAGCCCUCAGAGGAGCCAAAGCUGGACGUGGUUCUCGAAGCCGCGGUGGAGGCAGAGACUGUGGCAGGCGAGAGGACCCCCGAGGACUUGGACUCUGGCUCGGCACUGGCCCCUGGCCUUCCCGAACAGUGUCCCCUGGGGGUCGGAGCUGAGGAGACCAAGACUGAGGACCCCUCUACCUCCCCAUCAUGUACCCCCGGCCCUGCCACUGAUGGCACGGCACAGACGCCUGACAGUGCUGAGGUCACACCUGCUGCCAUCCCUGUGGAUGGGACCCCAGGCAGCCUCCAGCCAGAAGCUACAGAUCCAGAGCCCAAGCCCACGGCCUAGCCCCCGAAAGCCCCCAAGGUGGAGGAGGUCCCUCAGCGCAUGACCAGGAACUGCGCUCAAAUGCUGGCCAGCCAGAGCAAGCAGAGCACACCUACUACGGAUAAGGAGCCCGCCCCCACGCCCACUCCAGCUGCCAGGGCCAAUGGCUGUGCCUCUGAGGAGGAGGAUGCCCAGGCCCAGCACCCCCACAAGCGCCGCUUCCAGUGCUCCAGCCAGCAGCUGCAGCAGCAGCUGAACACAAGCACGUAGCAGAUGCGGGAGGUCAUCCAGCAGACGCUGGCCGCCAUUGUGGACGCCAUCAAGCUGGACAACACUGAGCCCUACCACAGCGACAGGUCCAACCCCUACUUAGAGUACCUCCAGAUCCAAAAGAAGAUUGAGGAGAAGCGCAAGAUCCUCUGCUACAUCACGCCCCAGGCACCCCAGUGCUACGACGAGUACGUCACCUACACCGGGUCCUACCUCCUGGACGGCAAGCCGCUCAGCAAGCUGCACAUCCCUGUGAUUGUCCCCCCUUCCCUGGCGGAGCCCCUGAAGGAGCUGUUCAAGCAGCAGGAGACGGUGCGGGGAAAGCUGCUUCUACAGCACAGCAUCCAG